UCAACCCACAAGACCGUGGCACAGCGCAAGACCGCUGUCAUUAUAAGUGAUAAUGAAUACUGUUAAAGCGAUAAAAAAUGCAAUAGUUUGUUUGAUCCUGCUGCCCCGUUUUCUGGUGGCAGCUGUCAUGUUCUGGCUGCUUGACUUUUUAUGCAUAAGGAAAAGGGUUUUCUUCAGGAUGAAGGAGCAGGAGGGCGAUGCCACUGAUCCCCCUCUGUGCAUAUCGGACUCCAAUCGUUUCUUCAGCCUGGAGUCCCUCAAGGCAGUCUGGCACGGACAUAAACUGGACUUCCUGAAAGCAGCGCAUCUCGGACACGGAGCGCCCAACACCGAAGUAGUUCAGCUGGAGGACCAGCGGCGCAGCCGAAUCCUCGACUACGCGAAAGGCAAGAGACCGCUCAUCCUCAACUUUGGCAGCUGCACCUGACCACCGUUCAUGGCGCGUCUGAAGGCUUUCCAGGGUGUUGUGCAACAAAACGCCGACAUUGCAGACUCUGUAGUUGUGUACAUCGAGGAAGCGCAUCCCUCCGACGGCUGGAUGAGCACUGACGCGCCGUAUCAGAUCCCCAAGCACCGGUGUCUGGAGGACAGGCUGAACGCAGCGCAGAUGAUGCACCUGGAGGUGCCCGGCUGCAUGGUCGUUGUCGACAGCAUGGAAAACUCCUCCAACGCUGCGUACGGAGCUUAUUUUGACAGACUUUAUAUACUGCAGGAGGGAAAGAUAGUUUACCAGGGUGGCAGGGGACCUGAGAGGUAUCGGAUCUCAGAGCUCAGAGACUGGCUGGAUCAAUACAGAGAAAAGAUGGCAAGGUCCAAUAAUCUCGUUGUUAACGUGUAAAUUAAUUUUCACAAUUUUUAGAGCUGCUAUUUCGAAAACACAAAAUGCUGCAUUUUCCCAGUAUUACGACUCAAUUUAGAUAGAUAUUCUCGUCAUUAAUGGUUCAAGUGUAUUUAUUUUUUUAUAUAAGUAAUUUGUCCAACAUUGUAGGAUGUCAUAGCACCUUUCUUUCAUACCGGGCAUUUGUUAUGAGCCACCCACGAAAAUGGUUCGUUUAUUUGGGUUUUGUUUCUUGGUGAACAAAAGCCCCUCUGUGUGUCAGACGAAGAUUCUUUUUUUCUUCUUCUUCUUUCCUUCUCUUUGUGUCAGUGCUUCUGAAAUUAUCCAGUCAGGAGGAUCUUGAGACGUGCGCAUCACUCUGCUCAUCAGUAUUUUUUUGAAGUUCGGUUUUUAAACGGGUUUAAUCCGGAGAACCGACACUGAUGUAUCCCAUACUGGAGGUCACGGUGAAGAUGCUGCUCUCUGCCUUGCAAUGUUGUUGUAAAUAUUCCGUUUUAUGGAUAUAUUUUUCAUUCAAUAAAAUGUUUUGAUCUAC